UUGUGGACGGACUGUGUCGGUGAUGGGCACGGGGUCAGUGGAGGAGGCCGGAGUCCCUAGGCUGCUUUUGAUUGCUUGUUAGAGCUGCAGGAGAAGGGGUCUGCGGCGGGGAACAGCGCGGGGCCAACGCCCGGCUUUUCUACUGCCUGGGUGCCAGUUCUGCGCCUCUCUUCGUUGUGCGGCGCUGGAGCUCCGCACAAGCACACCAUUUCGGCCCCCUGCCCAGGCCCCCUUCGCCUCCUCUUCUCAUAAGAGAGACUUCUAGAUCUCAAAAAUUUUUGAGUGAUUUUUAAGGUAAAAACACAACCAGAAGCAGACGCGAUCCAAAUGCAGGAGUUCUGUAUUUCCAGGUUGGCACUUGAGAGGUGAAGUUGUAACUGAGAAAGGUGGAGGGACUCAACCGGGCAAGGGAUGCCAGGCCAACAGAGAAACUUAAGAGUAGGUUAGUGGAUCCCUAGAAAUUCGAGUGGAAUCACGCCUUAAGAGCGCAUUUCUCUAUAGCUUCUCUAUUCGGAUCGGGAAUACCGGGAUCGCUUUCGUCAUGCCUACAGUGGUGGUGAUGGACGUCUCUCUUUCCAUGACCCGACCUGUGUCUGUCGAGGGGUCCGAGGAAUAUCAGCGCAAGCACCUGGCAGCCCAUGGUCUGACAAUGCUGUUUGAGCACAUGGCCACAAAUUACAAGCUUGAGUUUACAGCUCUGGUGGUUUUUUCAUCUCUCUGGGAGUUGAUGGUUCCCUUCACAAGAGAUUAUAACACCCUACAGGAAGCACUAAGUAAUAUGGAUGAUUAUGAUAAAACCUGCUUGGAGUCUGCAUUAGUUGGUGUUUGCAAUAUCGUUCAGCAAGAAUGGGGUGGUGCCAUUCCUUGUCAGGUUGUUCUGGUGACAGAUGGCUGUCUUGGCAUCGGUAGAGGGUCUCUGCGGCACUCCUUGGCUACUCACAACCAACGCGGCGAGAGCAACAGGUUUCCGCUACCUUUUCCUUUUCCAUCUAAGUUGUACAUCAUGUGCAUGGCGAAUCUGGAGGAGCUUCAGAGCACUGAUUCCUUGGAUUGCCUUGAACGUCUUAUAGAUUUAAACAAUGGUGAAGGGCAGAUUUUUACUAUUGAUGGUCCCCUGUGCUUGAAAAAUGUACAGUCUAUGUUUGGAAAGCUGAUAGAUCUGGCAUAUACACCCUUCCAUGCUGUUCUCAAGUGCGGCCACCUCACCGCUGACGUGCAAGUCUUCCCCAGGCCAGAACCUUUUGUAAUAGAUGAGGAAAUUGAUCCUAUCCCGAAAGUCAUUAAUACAGAUUUGGAAAUAGUGGGAUUUAUUGAUAUAGCAGAUAUUUCAAGUCCCCCAGUUCUGUCCAGACAUCUGGUCCUACCCAUAGCACUUAACAAAGAAGGUGAUGAGGUGGGUACUGGUAUAACUGAUGACAAUGAAGAUGAAAAUUCAGCCAAUCAGAUUGCAGGCAAGAUACCCAACUUCUGUGUCCUGCUUCAUGGCAGCCUAAAAGUGGAAGGAAUGGUGGCAAUAGUUCAGCUAGGUCCUGAAUGGCAUGGGAUGCUCUACUCUCAAGCUGACAGCAAGAAGAAAUCAAACCUCAUGAUGUCUCUCUUUGAGCCUGGCCCAGAACCUCUCCCAUGGCUAGGGAAAAUGGUGCAGUUGGGUCCAAUUUCAGAUGCUAAAGAAAACCCUUAUGGUGAGGAUGAUAAUAAGAGCCCAUUCCCCCUGCAGCCCAAAAACAAGCGCAGUUAUGCCCAGAACGUGACGGUGUGGAUCAAACCCAGUGGCCUGCAGACAGAUGUACAGAAGAUUUUAAGAAAUGCAAGGAAACUACCUGAAAAAACACAGACAUUCUAUAAGGAGCUGAACCGUUUACGAAAGGCUGCCUUGGCCUUUGGUUUCCUGGACCUGCUCAAAGGGGUGGCGGACAUGCUAGAAAGGGAGUGCACGCUGCUGCCCGACACGGCUCACCCCGACGCUGCGUUCCAGCUGACCCACGCUGCCCAGCAGCUCAAGCUGGCCAGUACUGGCACUUCUGAGUACGCUGGGUAUGACCACAACAUCACACCUCUGCAGACAGACUUCUCUGGGAGCAGCGCAGAGAGAAUAUGACGCUGACUUUGGAAGCCUUCCUUCUUUUUUUCAAGUGAGAAUGAUUUCGGGUAAAACCUUUUCAGUCUGUUCACCUCUGCAGCGGCUGCCCGAAGACCUUCCCGAGACUGCCUGAGACACACUACUCACAGGUUUGACUCUGCUACUCCGAGAAGGUUCUGCAGGGUGGGCAGCUGCUUUCUGGAGCUCAGAGUCUUAAAUCCCAAAGACAGCUGUUGCUCCCACAAUGGGAACAUCUCCUGAAAACGCUUGAAGGACUGACAAGUGUAGAGCCCUCUCCACCAUCUUCAGGAAACCCAACAGCUUGGGUUCUGUUCCUGAAAGACCUCUCCAUUCUUUUCCUCUCCCAUAGGGAGAGGGACAUUUCAAAAAUGUCCAUAGGGACAUUUUCAAGUACCUGUGGUUGGGAGAGGAGACUUGUUAAACACAAACCCGACAUCCGUAAGUUUCAGAAUUUCCUUAAAACUUGGGCAAAAAAGUCAGUGGCAACCCUUAGGGUGCUUUUGGUCUAUCUUGAGAUACAAACUUAAACAGCAACCAUAAAUGUAUGAUCCUCAUUUAUUCAAAUUUUUUAAUGAAAAUAAAAUAUUUGGUUUUCUAUAAAAUGGUUUCACUGGGAAACCAGUAGGUCUUUGCCUUGGGUCUCUCCUACAACAUAAAUGUAAUUUCAGCUUCCUAAGUGGCAUAGAUUCUUGAAGGUUCCUUGGGUUCCAUAUUGACUUCCUCAUUUCUGACACUGGUUAGGCCUCACUGCCUAAGCCAGGUUCUGACAUCACUGUAGUCAGUUAUGGUUCUAGUCCAUCAGCUAGCUUCAUGACCUUGGGCAAGUCAUUAAACUUCCCUGGGAUUUAUUUACAUCAUUAGUGCUUUUCAGAUUGCUCUGUAACGUCCUAAGGAAUUAUUCCCAUAGGCUUCAGCCCAGGCAACCAUAUUGUUUUAAACUUUUCAUUUUGUAUUGAGGUAUAGCUGAUUAAAAGUGUUGUGAUAGUGUUAGGUGAACAGCACACGGACUCAGCCAUACAUAUUCAUGUAUCCAUUCUCCACCAAGCUCCCCUGCCAUCCAGGCCAAGCAACCAUGUUUUACUUAUUAAUAACAUGCUGAACUGCUAUAGAGGCAUACCUCAGAGAUUUCGGAGGUUCACCUCCAGGCCACCACGAUAAAGCAGGUAUUGUAAUAAGGUGAAUCACACAAAUUUCUUGGUUUCCCAAUAUAUAAAAAUGUUAUAGUUUAUACUAUAGUCUGUUAAGUGUGCAAUAGCAUUAUGUCUAAGAUAAAAUGUACAUACCUUGAGUAAAAACUAGUUUAUUGGUUAAAAAAGGAAAAGCCAACCAUCCUCUGACAACACAGGGAUCUUCAAUUUCUGAAAAAUACAAGUAUCUGUGAAGUGUAAUAAAUCAAGGUAUGCCUAUACAAUAUUUUGUCUAAAUGAAAGAAUUUAUCACUAAUAAUUUUGAAACCAUUAGACUAAAUGAUCUUUAAACACAAAUUACUAGGAUUUUGAUUGUAAAUGUUUUAAUAGAAAUACACAAUCUUUAGCUUUUUCAGACAGCAGUAAGGUUUUUAACAAUCACUAAGAAUACAAGAUUCUUUACAGCAUAAUCUACUGUAAAGCUGAUCUGCCCAAUUACACAUAGAAAGUCAGUUGAGAAGACACCAGAAAUCCAGAAAUUAAUAAAAACAAAUGUUGACAGAAGUUGCAGACAUGCAAAAUAUCCUUCAAUGCAGUGAACCUGACGUCUGAUUAGUACAGGCCUAUACUAACCAGGUGUCUUUAGGUCAAACCAAGUUUCCAUCUUGGGCUCAGAGAAACGGCAUAAUCAAGUCCCCCUUCCCCCAGGAACAGUGGGAAUGGCAGAACAGAAAGAGCUAUCAUACCUUAAAUUCUUAUAGACAAACAUUACUUAUUUGACUUGGUUUACUUGGAAUGUACUAGGGAAAACUAAUGUUUUUGAUGGUGGCCAUAUCUUAAAAGAUUUUUCUCAGUUCCUCUGUUGGUGGACUUCCCAUAAGGAAUCUUCGUUAAGGCUCAGAUGGUGGUUCUUCAGCCAGAGUUCUCACUGUUUUCACUGGCCUGCUGCAAACAGGUGAAACAACAGCAAAAUAAAAACCUGGGGUUUUUGAGGCAUGUUCAAAAACAGACAGCCUCACCAGCGGACUCUGACAGGUACACAAGUACAUGAACUUGGUCAGUGCAGGGGGAGGAAGGCUGUGUCUUUAUGUCUGUGCACAGCCUAAGACAGUUCUGUAGCUACUUUUAGUGUGGUCUACUCUGAGGUUUCCAGCGUGCCACAAGCUGCAUCGCCAGACUACCUUUUUGAUCCCUGUAGUGCCGUCUGGGUUUGGAACUCUUACAGUCUGUUUCCUAACUAAGGUUUCCGUCUUUCUUUCAUGUUGAAGACAGCUGUGAUUUAGCUACAAAUGAAGUAAGUGAUCAUGGUGUGCCAAGGUUCUGACUGGUUUCUCUCAAAUCACCCUGUGGCUCUCCAGUGCCCAUGCAGGUUAAGAUGUCGCUAGAGAGACCAAAAGUUUCACAGGUAAUAUGUGUCCUCCAACCCUACCUGGACUCAGAAAUGUUUUUUAUCAGUAACUGAGUCAAACUUAGUUUUCAAAAAAAAAAAAAAAAUCAAUGCCAACCCACUUAACAAGUAGCCCCUUGGGUACAGAAUAUAUUAGGUCUUUUUCUGAGUCACUUUUGGAGCCUCCUAUACAGCUACAUAGUCUUUUUGUUUUUUUUCCCCACAAGCAAUAGCUGCAAAAAACACAUCUCAGCUAUGCACACAGCCAGUAGCUGGUAGCCUCAGGGCACUGAAGAAUAUCUGGGGCCUGUGAAACAGACUGACAAGCGAUGGAGUGGGGCGGGUAUGGCUGUCUUUUGCUGUCACUAACGGAAUACACAAGAAUGAACCUGUCAUCGGGUAUCAAGAAUCCAUGUCAUGCAAGGACUACACUAAGGUAAUACAGUAAAUUCAGGAAUGUUACUGGGAAAAAAAGAAGAUAGCUCCACUGAGAAUUUAAUCAUUUAACUUUAAAAAAACUUUUACAUCAGUACAAGAAGGUAAAACUGUAAGAACUAUGGAUUAGGCUCAAACUGGCAAAAAGUCAUCUAAAUCUCUUCCGUUUAGUGGAUCUUUUUCUUUUUUUGUCCAAAGCGCCGCCUGCGCUGUUUAUAAAGAUGACGGAAAUUUACGUAUAACCCU